AUGACCUGGGGAAAUCCUCCUUCAGGGCCCCCGACGUCCUUUGUGGAGGUGGCUGUGUUCUUCACGGAGGAAGAAUGGGCUCUGCUGGAUCCGGCCCAAAGAGCUCUGUACUGGGAAGUCACGCAGGAGAAUUACGAGACUGCGGCCUCUCUGGGACUUUGGGUUCCCGGACCAUUCCUUGAUUCUCAGCACCAUCCAAGAGAAAUGUGUUUCUGCCAGAGCUCUGAAGAAUCGGGCAGGUGUGCUGAUGUCCCCUCGCCAGAGUGUGGUAAGAGAUUCUCUCAGAAUAGCCGCCUAACUGAUCAUCAAAUGGUUUACACAGGGGAGAAGCCACAUAAAUUCUUGGAGUGUGGGAAGCGCUUCAGUUGGAAGAACAGCCUUACUUUUCACCAGAAAAUUCACACAGGGGAGAAGCCAUAUAAAUGCUCAGAAUGUGGGAAGAGCUUCAGUCAGAAAUGCAAGCUUACUUCACAUCAACGUGUUCAUACUGGGGAGAAGCCAUAUGAGUGCUCGGAGUGUGGGAAGAGCUUCAGUCGGAAGGACAGCCUUACUUUGCACCAGAAAAUUCACACAGGGGAGAAGCCAUAUAAAUGCUUGGAGUGUGGGAAGAGCUUCAGUCAGAAAUGCAAGCUUACUUCACAUCAACGUGUUCAUACUGGGGAGAAGCCAUAUGAGUGCUCGGAAUGUGGGAAGCGCUUCAGUCAGAAAUGCAAGCUUACUUCACAUCAACGUGUUCAUACUGGGGAGAAGCCAUAUGAGUGCUCGGAAUGUGGGAAGCGCUUCAGUCAGAAAUGCAAGCUUACUUCACAUCAACGUGUUCAUACUGGGGAGAAGCCAUAUGAGUGCUCGGAGUGUGGGAAGAGCUUCAGUCGGAAGGACAGCCUUACUUUUCACCAGAAAAUUCACACAGGGGAGAUGCUAUAUAAAUGCUUGGAGUGUGGGAAGAGCUUCAGUCAGAAAUGCAAGCUUACUUCACAUCAUAGUGUUUAUACUGGGGAGAAGCCAUAUGAGUGCUCGGAAUGUGGGAAGCGCUUCAGGCAGAAAUGCAAUCUUACUUCACAUCAACGUGUUCAUACUGGGGAGAAGCCAUAUGAGUGCUCAGAGUGUGGGAAGAACUUCAGUCGGAAGCACAGCCUUACUAUUCACAAGAAAAAAAUAUCCAAACAAGGACUGGAUUUUCCUGUGUGCAUCUGA